AUAAUGUUUCAUGUUCUAUGCGUAUGUAUCCAGUUAUGGUUGAGCAAACGAAACAAUCUUACGAACUCGAAUACGGUAGAUAGAUAAUUUGUUUGGUGUUGAAUUUCAAAUUUAUUUUUUAUUUUAUUUUAUUUUAACCUAGAUUCAAUAUUCAAACGACAAAUGAAUAAUUAAGUAGAUCUGAUUAAAACAAAUUGAGCUGAAUAAUCAAAACAAAGCCAUGCUUUUCCGAUUAUGGGCUUCAUCCUUCCUUCAUUUUGCAACUCCAUUCCCACUAUCAGUUUGGUCCAUUCCCCAUACCGAGCCAAGCCCACUAGCUAUUAUCCCCGCCAAGUUUAGCCUAUUGAGAGGCCCAUUUUUCUUUGUUGGGCUCGAUCGAAAAGGCAAAUAAAAAUAUUUAACAUUUAAUAAUUGAGUUUUAAUCGAAAACCGAAAAUAGUUUGACUUUGUUUCUUGGCUACGCUGUAAUUAGGAUUCUUGAUGGAUCUGCUGCAGACAAUGUAUCUUGUUUCCUUUCUCGAUUUUGAGGAAUCGAUUGAAAAAAAAAGGUUGAACUGAAAACCGAAAAAUGGUUUACAAUCCUUAUAUUUAAGAGAGUAGUUUACCUUGUAGAAAAUAUAAUACAUAGUUUUUUGUUACAAGGUUGUUAUUCAUGAAUAUCAAUGUGUAGAUUAAGCACACGGUAAAAUAUGCACUCUUGCUUAUAUACUCCAAUAGUGAGGAAUGAGUAAUGACAAAGAUGAUAGUGCUAAGAAAUCAUCAAUAGAUAAAGUUAUGACACAUACCAUCUACACAAUUUAUACGAUAAAGAAUGAAUUAACUAAGUAUAUUGGAAAUUUAUCAUAUCAUGAUCAAGUGUUUCAGUAGUAUUGCUAUCGAUCGAAUAAUUGUCAUAUGAUCAAAAUACAAGUAGUAUUUAUGUGAUCAAAAUAUAAGGAGUAAUAAGUCGAUCGAAUAAAUAAGUAUAUUGGUUUAAUCGAUAACUAAUAACAGCUUAGUGACUAGUUAUUAGUAGGCUAAGUUUACCUAGUGGUUAAUCACUAACAAAAAUAAUAUUUAAUUGGACAUUAUUUUUUAGAUCCAGCAAGUAUUCAGUCCAAAAGGACCGCCCACCUUGAAAACUAAUGUUUUCUUCGAACCACUAUGACAAAACCGCCACCUCAACCAAAACUUAUAUAUAAUUAGCGAAUCAGUUAGCAUGCUAACCCUUCUAAGGGUUGAAAAAAAUGACACCCAUAUUAAUUAUAGUUAUUUUUUGUAGGGCUGAAAAUUGGCCCGACCCGCCCCUGAUCCUGUCCUGACCCUGUCUGACCCGCCCGUGAAGGGUCAAGAUGUAUAACUGACCCGCCCCGACCCUGUUUCUUUCAUGACCCUGUCUGACCCUUUAGGGUCGGGGCGGGUCAGGAAGGGUCGGGUCAGUGGGUCGACCCUAAUAAAUAGACUACUUUUCUAAAAAUUACAAUUUGGUACCCGAAUUUAUUUUUUCUUACAUUUUAGUACCUAAAUUUAAUUUUUUUUACAAAUAAGUCCCUAAAAUUUGAUGGUAAAAUUACGUUUUGGUACCCAAAUUUUUUAAUUUUUACAAUUUAGUACCUAAAUUUUUAAAAUUUUACAAAUAGGUCCAACAUGUUUCUAUGAUGCUAAGGGUCAUAGGGUCAAAAAAUGACCCGAUCCUAAAUUGACCCGACCCUAUCUGACCCUGACCCGACCCUAAGCUGACCCUAUAGACAAACUGACCCAGCCCGACCCUGAGGGUCGGGGCGGGCCAGUGGGUUUUAAGGGCCAAACUUACACCCCUAAUUUUUUGUAUUAAAUUCGUGUUGCAUUUAAUAAUCUUUGGAACUACCAUUGUACUGAUACAACUACCAUUGCACCUGUAUACUGAACUCAUAUUAAUAACGUUAUUUUUUUGGAACUACCAUUGCACUUGUACACUAAUACCAUUGCACUGAUACAACUACUAGUGCACUAAAAAAGGAAAAUAAUUCAUAUAUAUUUUUCAUUCAUACAGAUUAUUAAAUGCAACACAAAUUAAUUACUUUAAAAAUCUAUAAUUAAUAGGAGGUGUCAUUUUUUCAACCCUUUUAGAGGUAGGCAUGCUAUCACAUCCCAUAAUUAGAGCGGUCUAUUUUUUUCCCUAAUGAACUGUCGUGGUCAUGUAUUAGUAUUUAGCACAUUGGAAAAGCGAUAUAAGAGAGUUGUUUAAUUGAUGGCUAUGGUCAUUAACCACUUUAAAUAAACUUUAUUAAACGUAGUAGGUAGUCCAACUUGUGGGUAAGAUGCCAUCUCGAUCAAGAUAAUCCCAUAAACUUUGAGACCCAGAGAGGCUGUGAAGUUUUUUAUGGGCCGUUUGGAAGUUGCGAUUGUUAAAUAGAUGUAUUGUUGAGAAUGCAUGUAUAAUAUUAUACAUGUAUUGUCGAAUUUGAUGCAUUGUAGAAUACAACGUUUGGUAUGUGUGAUUGUGUAUGUCGCAUCAGCUAAAAGCUGAGACAAAACAAUAUCAACUCAACUAUCUCAACAAUCACAACUAAAAGUUGAGAUAUAACAAUCACUCAAAAUGAGUGAUAGUUUCUGUCACGUCACAGAAACAAUCCAUGUAUUGUUUAUGCUAAAAAAAAACAAAAAAAAACGAUGCAUUGUAAACAAUACAUACAUAAUGACAAUCUCAACAAAACUAUCGCAACUUCCAAACGACCCUUAUAUGCAUUGCAUGGUAUAGGUUUUGCAGGGCUUGACUUCAUAUCUAUACGAAAGGGGUAUGCUUAUGGUGACUUUCAAUUCACCGCGUUUUGAAAGUAAAUUAUUUAGCGUUUUUGACAAUUGGGUGCUCACUAAUGUCAGAACGAUUAAUUGAAGAUGAUAUAAUUGUAUAAUUUUUUUUUUCCAAAUCUGUCUUAGUAGUUAUUACUCUUCUAUUAAAUCCGAUUACCGCAAUCACAGAUGUCCAAAAUUUGCGAUUCAACCGUUUUGAGAGCAAAAUUUGAUUCAUGUAUACUUGCUAUACGAAAAAACAUCACCUUGACUACUGAAUUGCUCCUUCCGAAAGCUUCGUUGGCCCCUCCAGCCGAAAACUCUGACUUCAUCUGUCCAAUUGAGUCCCAAUCACAGUCUUAUCAGAUUUAUCAUCCCUAACAUACAGCCACAAUUUUUAAAUAUAUACUUCAACCCAAUGAUUUCUUGCAUUUAUUCAACUGGGUCCGAUCCUGAUCAUAAUCUUAUCAGUUAAUUAUCCCCAACAUGCAACCACAUUUUUUGUAAAUACUCAAACCUAAUUUAUCUAAUCGGUAGGCUACAGCCAUCAAUUCUUCUCCAGUCGGCCCAAUCGGAAGGCGAAGAAUGGCCGCCGGCCGGACCCCAUUCUCUAUUUAUCUCCAUCACAGCAAUCUAGGGGUUCAUUCGUGCCUGACCACCUCGCUUCCAUUGGCCAUUCUGUUCUCAUAGGGGUUCACGGGAUUCAAAGCCCGAGUAGUACUCUUUUGUAUUGGUUGUAUUUUGAUACUCUGGGGAUUCAAACACCCAGCCUCGUUACCUCUUAAUAUAGGUUAGGGCGUCCUUUGCGCCCUGUUUCUCACAAAAAAAAAACUUGUUACAAGCACUUUAACACAGUUCGACGGAUCACAAUCGUCGUCUGUCAUCUUUUCAGAUCCCAUGAAUUUUAUAGUUCGAGUUAUCAGUGGCGGACCCAGAAUUCUUUGAUAGGUGUGUCAGAAGACAAAAAAUAAUUAAUAAAUUAAAUGUAUUAAAUAAAAAGUAAAAUAAAAUAUUAAUUCAUUAGGGUCCUAAUUUAUUAUUUUUCACAGUGAUACACGACAACUUUUCAUAUUCAGAAAGGUUUGUAAAAUAUAUUUGUCGCUUAUGGUGUGAUCAAACUUUUUUCGACGUACAAAAGUAAUAAUUCAUUCAAAAAACUUAUUUUGAAGUUCGCUCUUGAUUAACUCCACAACAUAAAAUGGAGAGCAGGAACGCUGGCGACAGGCGUUAACGUAAAAGUUUGAAAGAGGAUGAGGUUCCACCGGCAGGUGCUAGCAAUUAGAGAGUGGAGCAGAGGACAGAUAACUGUGAGCCAUGGGUUGUGGAAUUUUUCCUCUCGACAUUUUCACUAAAAAUUAAAAUAAAUAAUAUAUAUAUAUUUGUGUAUUUUGGUACCUAUUGCUAUAUGACAUCAAAAUUAAUGUAGUGUUUUAAAGUGUCGAUUGCAAUUAUGUGAGGUGUGUCAGAAAUCCCGAAUUCAAAUUUUUUAUACCAACGAAACAUGGAUCUCUCACAAAAUUUCCGAGCCAAGGUGUGUCGGUUGACACACCUUGCUAAUGCAUGGGUCCGCCCCUGCGAGUUAUAGAAUUCGGGACUGCAGUUCACCCAUUAAAGAUUAAAGUACAGUAUCAUACGUUAAAUUCCGACUAAUUUAUGAUCCAAAAAAACAAUACUCGAUGAGCAUACAAUAAGGUCAGAUAUUGUACGCGCCAGACGUACGCUUAUCUUAUCGUACUCCUAUUGAGUUUUGUUAUUUAGACCAUGAUUUAAUUUGAUUUUGGUACACGAUAUUAUACCCUCUAACAUCUAAUUGGUGAACACCAGUCUCCAAUUUUCUAACCCCAAAUCAUAAGAUUCAUUUAAUUUUAAAAUGAAAGUCAACCAUUCUGAUUCAUCGAAAUUCUCAAAGUACCAAUAAUUGAUGUGAUCGUAGGCGUAUAAUCGUAGACUAGCCUUUGCCGUGUGUAUAUAUAUCCAACUGCUUUCAUCAUAUCAUCAUCAACUCCCCCUACCUCACAAUCUCCUCCUCUCUCUUUCUCCCAUCGUCACAAGAAACUCUAGGAAAAAAAAUGAGCCAACAACAUGAUGAUUUGCUAGGGAACAUCAUCAGCGGCAACAAGCUCCUCGAAGCUCAGGCUCGCGCCUGGAACUACAGCUUCAACUACAUCGUCUCCAUGGCGCUGAAAUGCGCCGUCGAGCUAGGCGUCCCCGACGCCAUCUCAAAGUCACCGGAACAACCCAUCUCACUCUCCAACCUCGCCGCCGCCAUCCCCCUCCACCCUUCCAAAAACGACGCCCUACGCCGCCUCAUGCGGCCCCUCGCCCACGCCGGCUUCUUCACCACCACCUCCGCCGCCUUCCUCGCCGGCGGAGAAGAAGAAGCCGAAGAUCAUUACUCCCUCACCACCGCCGGCAAGCUCCUCCUCCGCGGCGGCCCUCAGUCACCGUUCAUAGAGCUUUUUCUGGACGCGAGUACGAUGACGUCGUGGGGGAUGCUGAGCGCGUGGUUCCACUACAGCGCCGACGCGGUGCCGUUCAAGGCGGGGCACGACGGCGCGUCGUUUUGGGAGUGCAUGGAGAAGGACCCGGCGCAGAAGAAGGCGUUCUACGAGACCAUGGUCGGCGACUCCAAGCUGGUGGCAGGAGUGCUGGUGUCGGAGUGCAAGGAGGUGUUCGAAGGAGUGGAGUCGCUGGUGGACGUCGGCGGCGGGACGGGAACCAUGGCCGUCGCCAUUGCCAGGGCGUUCCCCAAGGUGAAUUGCACCGUGUUUGAUCUCCCUCACGUGGUUGCGGGCGUGAUGAAGGAGGAGGGUGGUGGCGGUGAUGAUGUUGAGAAUUUGCAUGUUGUUGGCGGGAGCAUGUUUGAGAAAAUCCCCCCCGCUGAUGCAGUCCUCCUCAAGUGGAUUCUUCAUGAUUGGGAUGACGAGAGAUGCUUGAAGAUUCUGAAGUGCUGUCGAGAGGCGGUUGCUGGAGACGAGAAGAAGAAGAAGAAGAAGAAUGGGAAAGUGAUCGUUAUAGAUAUGGUGGUUGGAAAUGAGGAUGUUGUUGGGAACAAGGAGUUGUGUCAGGCGCAGUUCUGCUACGAUCUGUUGAUGUUUGCGACGUUCAACGGCAAGGAACGGGACGAGAAGGAGUGGCGGAGCCUGUUCAUGGCGGCUGGUUUCAGCGGGUACAAGAUCAUUCGUUCGUUGGGUCCAAGAUCGCUUAUGGAAGCUUAUCCUUAAUUAAUGUGCACGUCUGCGUCAGUUUGAAUUUGAUUCUUGAAGUGAUCUUAAUUACUAUCUCGUUCGUGUGUUUAAUUUACAUAUAUGCAGUAAAUGACAUCUUAUGAU